UUUUUUCUACUUCCGCCGACUCCGUGAGCCCAUUCCAGCCAAGAUGGCGAGCGGAGGGGUCUCGGUGGCUUCGCUGUGGACCGAAGUGAACCGUUGCGGGCAGAAUGGAGACUUUACGAGAGCCCUGAAAGCUGUGACUAAAAUACUCCAUGAAAACAGGGACGAUGUGACGGCUCUCCACUGUAAAACAGUCUGCCUCGUUCAGACCGGCAGCUUCAAAGAGGCGCUGAACGUCAUGAACACACACUCAAAAGUGCUCGGCAGUGACGUUGUGUUUGAGAAGGCGUACAGCGAGUACCGGCUGAACAGAGUGGAGAGCGCCCUGAAGACCAUCGAGGCUGCUCCCGAGCAAACGGACAAGCUGAAGGAGCUCUACGGUCAAGUGUUGUACAGACUGGAGCGCUACGACGACUGCAAGUCCGUGUACACAGACCUGAUCAGGAACUCCCAGGAUGAGUACGAGGAGGAGAGGAAGACCAACCUCGCUGCUGUGGUGGCUUCUAUGAGUCAGUGGGAGGAAGCUCCAUUGGAAGAUCUAGGUCUUCCCGAGUCCACGUACGAGCUGUGCUACAAUGCUGCCUGCGCUCUGAUUGGCCAGGGACAGCUCACAGAGUCCUUCAAUAAACUACGGCAAGCGGAGGAGCUUUGCAGAGUCUCAUUGGCGGAAGAUUCUGAUGUGACCGAGGAGGACAUCGAGUCGGAGCUCGCCGUCAUUCAUUCUCAGAUGGCGUACGUCAUGCAGCUACAAGGUCGGACGGACGAGGCUCUGCAGCUCUACAACCAGGUCAUCAAGCUCAAGCCGUCAGAUGUGGGGCUGCUUGCUGUGACGGCCAACAAUAUCAUCACAAUAAAUAAGGACCAAAACGUGUUUGACUCCAAGAAGAAGGUGAAACUGACGAACGCCGAAGGUGUCGAGUACAAGCUGGCGAGGAAGCAGCUGCAGGCCAUCGACUUCAACAAAGCCCUCCUGGCCAUGUACACCAACCAGGCGGACCAGUGCAGGAAACUGGCGUCCAGUCUCCAGUCCCAGAAUCCGGGUCACCCGCGGCCGGUCCUCAUCCAGGUGGCUCAGCUGUGCAGGGAGAAGCAGCACAGCCGGGCCAUCGAGCUGCUCCAGCAAUUCUCAGACCAACAUCCAGAGAGCGCAUCCGGCAUCAAACUGACGAUGGCUCAGCUCUAUUUAAUACAAGGUCACGUAACAAAAGCUUGUGAUGUUCUGAGGUCCAUCGAAGAGUUCAAGCACAAAUCGGGGAUGAUUUCAGCUCUGGUAACGAUGUACGCCCACGAAGAAGACAUCGACAGCGCCAUCGAGAUCUUCAAACAGGCUAUUGAUCACUACCAGUCCGAACAGCCCGGAUCUGCUGCACACUUGGCGCUCGUACGAGAAGCUGCCAAUUUCAAACUGAAGUACGGACGGAAAAAAGAAGCCAUUAGUGAUCUGGAGCAGCUGUGGAAGCAAAACCCCAAAGACAUCCACACGCUGGCACAACUCAUCUCUGCGUAUUCUCUGGUGGACACGGACAAAGCCAAAUCCCUCAGCAAGCACCUCCCGUCCGCGGACACGAUGGCCUUAAACGUGGACGUGGACGAGCUGGAGAACUCCAUCGGCGCCACCUACGUCAGGAAAAAGGCCGCCAAGGUCACCGGAGAAAACCCUCCCAAAGAACAAACCCAGCCGGGCGAGAUCAAGAAGAAGAAGAAGAAGAAGAAGAAAGGCAAGCGGCCCAAGAACUGCGACCUCAACGCGACCCCUGACCUGGAGAGGUGGCUGCCCAUGAAGGAGCGCACCUACUACAGGGGCAAGAAGAAGGGGAAGAAGAAGGACCAGAUAGGAAAAGGCACGCAGGGGGCGACGGCGGGGGGGGCGGCGGAGCUGGAUGCCAGUAAGACCGCCAGUAGCCCCCCUACCUCCCCUAGACCAGGGUCCGCGUCCGGGUCCUCUACGGCCGCCACCGCGGUCCCUCCGCGACAGCAGAAACCCGCGGCCUCGGGAGCCACGCGCAAGAAGGUACCGCAGAAGAAGAAGAAGGGAGGCAAAGGAGGCUGGUAGUCGGGGGAGGGAAGCGACGCACCGGACAAGAGGGGGAGGGGCCACACGGGAUCCGCCCACGUCUCACCAAGAAAUCAUAAGCUUUUCUUUUUCUUUUUUUUAUGUUUCUAGGUAAAUUGUACUUUUUAAUCCCGGCUAUUCGUUUAUACACGUGAAACCAAAAGCUCCCCCUCUGCUCUUCUACGUCGUUAAAAGUACAGGAGAUGGUCAUUAAAGGAAAUUCACUUUUGGUUGCUCUGCAAAAGCGGACGGUUUCUUAAAGUGUGUUUUUUUUUUUUUUUUUUUUAUAAACGUUUGACCUUCUCAAGUCACAAUAAAAUAUAAAAAUAAAUGAACUGCGGAUACUUAUUUUAUUUUUUUUUCAUUAAAAAGGUCAGAUGGAAGGAAAAAGGCUUUCUGGUUAUUGUUUGGUCAACCAACGGCCCUCAUCAGUGAAGUUUCAAUUAAAUCAUUAAAAUCAUGUCGUCCAUGACAACAAGAACCUUUUGUGGGACUUUUACGUUUUCAUCUCGGCAACACAACAUUUAAUUCAUCUCGGUAUUUUUUUAAUCUUGAUUAUUUUAAUUGGGGGAAAAACAAACUACUUUCGCAAAGUAAAUUGUCUUUAAUAUUUCUUGGAUCUGAGUAUUAAGAUUAUACUCUUGUUCCCUUAAAAUUGUCCCUUUUUUGCUUUCAAUCAGCUGCAACGUUGAAGAAUAUUUAUUUUUUGAGUCUGUGUAUUGGUCUAAAUUCAAGACGAAUAAUUUAAGUUCUUGAAUUAAAUUCUGUCCGAUGCAUGUUUUAGGCCUUUUGUUAAGUCUUAAUAAAACCCUUCACAAUGA